AUUGGCUUCAAGAGAGUUGGAUCUGAAGUUUGAUGAUGUACGGUUCUAUACAGACAGCAAGGUUGUGCUUGGGUACAUUUAUAACGCAACCCGCCGGUUCUACGUGUAUGUCAGUAACAGGGUAGAACGCAUCAGGAAGUUCUCAAGCCCUAACCAAUGGCACUACGUACCCACCGGCCAGAACCCAGCAGACGUAGCAACCAGACCAGUACAUGCAGCACUGCUCACCAACAUGAGCUGGCUCACCGGGCCUGACUUUCUGCUGCUACCGUCUAAAGAAGUCAUCCCACUGGAAACACCUUUCAGCCUUGUGGACCCAGACUCUGACGCAGAAGUGCGAUCUCACCUCACCACAUGCACCAGCCCAAACCUGGGCUCUCAGCGGUUUGAACGAUUUUCAACAUGGCAGUCUCUCAUCAGAGCCAUAGCCACACUCAUCCACAUCACAGAGGUCAUCAGAUCCAGCACUACAACUGGAAACAAAGAAUGUAAAGGCUGGCAUCAAUGUUCAAAAGCACACACAUCCGACAAUCUGUUGAAGGCAAAACAGGUCAUCAUUCGAUGUGUUCAAAAAGAAACCUAUCCCACUGAGAUGUCCUGUCUGCAGCAAGGGAUAAGCAUUCCUAACGACAGUCCACUGAGGAAGUUGGAUCCUGUUCUCGAUUGUGACGGACUCUUGAGAAUCGGUGGCCGGCUUCAACGCUCAAGUCUUACCGCGGAGAAGAAACACCCUCUCAUUGUCCCUGGUCGCAGCCACGUCGGCGCUCUACUUACCAGCUACUACCACAGGAGAGUCGAACACCAGGGCCGGAUCUUCACGGAGGGAGCUAUACGUGCAGAUGGCAUUUGGAUGGUCGGAGCCAAGAGGUGCAUCGCAAAGCUUCUACACAAGUGUGUCACGUGUAACAAGCUCAGAGGUAAAACAGCAGAGCAAAAGAUGGCCGACCUCCCUCCAGAUCGCCUAAGUACAGAGCCUCCUUUCACUAACGUAGGCAUCGAUGUAUUUGGUCCUUGGAGUAUCUCUACUCGACGCACCCGUGGAGGCGCUGCCAAAAGCAAAAGGUGGGCAGUUUUCUUCACCUGUCUCAGUGUACGUGCUGUUCAUAUAGAGCUCAUUGAAGCCAUGGACACAUCAAGCUUCAUCAACUCUCUGCGUAGAUUUCUUGCCAUCCGGGGUCCUGUGAAGCUUAUUCGUUCAGACUGUGGCACAAAUUUCAAGGGAGCCUGUAAAGAGCUGCAAGUACUCUUGCAAGACGACCAGGAGCCCAACAUCUCUAAGUUCCUCAGUGCAGAGGGUUGUACAUGGAUCUUUAACCCGCCUCAUUCAUCACACAUGGGCGGUGUGUGGGAGAGGAUGAUUGGCAUCUCAAGAAGGAUUCUGGAUUCCAUGCUAAGUCAGACUCCACCUUCCCUACUCACCCACGACGUUCUGUCUACUACGAUGGCAGAGGUGUCCGCCAUUAUCAACGCCAGACCUCUGACAACCAUCUCUACCGAUGCAGACGCUCCGUUACUUCUGACUCCCAACACGAUUCUUACCCAGAAGGUUUGCUGUCCAUAUCCUCCUCCAGGCUGCUUCGUCGACGCAGACUUACACCGUCGGCAAUGGAGAAGAGUCCAGCACUUGGCCAACACCUUUUGGGAAAGGUGGCGGCGUGAGUAUGUCUCAACCCUCCAGAGUCGUUCUAAGUGGCAGAAGAGCCAGCCCAACAUCAAGGAGGGAGACCUAGUGCUUCUUCGCGUUACUUAGCUGAAGAGAAACCAGUGGCCCAUGGCAUUGGUGACUAAAACCUUCCCUGGAAGUGACGGAAAGAUCAGGAAGUUGGAGCUCAAGGUAACUAGAGGAGGCACUUCCAAGACCUUUCUUCGCCCUAUCACUGAAGUGGUGGUGCUGAUGACCCCUUAGGGUCAAACAGACUCUUGAUUGACCCCCAGAUGUUUGGUUAUUUAAGGUGUUAUUGUUUUCAAUACCAGGCGGGGAGUGUUACGUUACACGUUUUGAGUUUGUAUUAGGCACUUUAGAGCCCCCUGCAGGCCAUUACUUGUAUUCAGUUCUUUCGUAGUUUCUUAAUAUUGCGUUCAUUCUCAUUGUCUGAUAAGAGUCACGUUCUGUUAGUCACGUGAUUUCAGACGUGAUCGGUCAGUAUUUCGGCAGCCAUUUUGAUCUGUCAUUUGAGCCAGAGAUCCACACGGUGAAACAUCUUUUUUAUCUCACGUCAUUCAUCCGUGUAAGCCUUGGAGAAGCUUUGUUUUUUCACACUUCUAAACCUGCAACAACUUGUUCAACAACUAUCAAUAAAUGGACAUACAAAUGGAUGUCGACAACAUC